GUUACAGGGGGGGGGGUUCUGUGAGGCGGAUAUUGUGGGAUAAGUAAAGGGGAUCACAGUGAACACUCAAGGGGGGGGAGAUGGGCUGAACAUUUGUUUCUAUAUGUUAAUCCCACCCUUCUGUUCUGCUUGGCUUGUGCAUGACAAUACCCUGCUGUUCGGGCACGGGGCAUAAAUUGUGACACACUCCCAGCAGCUGUCCAUGUACUCCUCACUUUGCUCGGGGGAUUAGAGGGGAAGGUGUAUGUCAGCACAAGUGUGUGCCUGCACCACGGAUUCCUACUAUCCAACGGGGGCUGGCUGCUCUGCACACCUCCUUCUGCAGGUAACAUCCUCCAGCCUGCUCUCACAAACCAUUACCGCACCACUCAGACUGCUGGAGGGACACAAUUUCCUAGGACCCCAGUGCUCGGAGGGGCUUACAGAACAUCUCAGGUCUCAGUGGAUACUUCUUACUAUUGGAUUACAAGAGCUCAGUACUAGCACAGCUAAGGAGAGUUGGGCCCCAUGAUGCUACCUGUUGGGUUGGAGCAGCCCUAUUGAGCUUAACCUGCUACUCAUAUUGGAUAAGAGGUUCCUUUUAUCACCUGUAUUUGGGCUCUGUUGUCCCCUGCACAUCUUGUGGCAUUUGGUUCAAUUGGAUCUACGAGGGCCACAAUAGAACCUUAAGGAGCCAAACUGCUGAACUGUUAUUCCUUCAGUUGGGAACAUACAGAUCCUUUCAUCAAAUCCUUCUGGUUUGUGGCAUAGGGAGAUCAAGUGACACCCACAGGAGUUAUAUAAAGGAAUUUGGAAUCCCUUGUGGCCAAUCUCUUGGCCACCCUAGAGCUCCGUAUAUUGGGCUGCCCAAGCCAUGACUCUCCUGGAGAUAACAGGGACCUGCUAAGGGGGUCAGGGACCUUGCUCUGCUCUACUGUCCCAUGGGACCACUGACUUGUACCUACACCUCCCUGGAUUAUGUCUCAUGAGGGGACCCAGGGCCACAGUCUCUACGGACUGGGGUAACAUUUCCCUGGUACUGUUUCCUGACACUUCACUGGACAAUCACUUGGUUCAAUGCAUGACUGGGCAUGUGUGCUUACACCUGACUGAUUUCACAGUACAUUCCCCCAGCACAAACACAGUCUGGACCCUCUGUUGGGCACCAUCCCUGCCAAGCAGAACUCGCUCCUUCUCAGGAAUUUGGCUGCCUGCCUGUGAGAAGCCCCUACUUGUCAGGAUUACUGCAACUGGGGAGUAAACAGCACUGAGCACUUGGAGGAUACCCCUGAAGGGUGCCAUGGUUGGGUAUUUGGGCACAACCACAGGUUUUUCCUUAUGAGAACACAUUGGCCCUCUCGUUGCCACAUCCCUUACUCACUAUGGAAUCUGCUACUUCUAUUUGUGUCCUUGGCCACCUGUAACUCACUGGACACCUCCUGUGCCCCUCUAUUGAAGACUCUGCUGAUCAUGCUCUGCUGGCUCCGACUCCUGCUUCCCGUCAUGUGUUUGCUCCUGUCUCUGCAUCAGAUUUCUGCACAAGCCGAUGAGUGCAGUGAGCGCUGUGAUCUCUAUCACGGACACUGUGACGAGGACGGAGUGUGCAGGUGCGACCCUGGCUGGGACGGUAAGUUUUGUGAGGACUGUGUGAGGAUGCCAGGCUGUGUCCAUGGAUCAUGUCAUCAACCUUGGCAAUGUAUGUGCCACAACGGCUGGGCUGGCAAGUUCUGUGAUAAAGACCUGUACAUGUGCAAUCACUCCAAUCCCUGCCAGAACAAGGGUGAGUGCAUCAUCGACUCUGAUGGAGAAUUCUCCUGUACCUGCUCAGAGUCUUUCUACGGGAGGACGUGUGAGUUGAAGAGGGGGCCAUGUGAAAAAGCAAGAUUUCCAUGCCUGAAUGGUGGAACUUGCCAUGACGAUGGUGGAUUUGCAGACACAUUUAGCUGCCACUGCCUGGCUGGAUACACUGGAGAGCUUUGCCAGACUGAUGUGGACGACUGCCUAAUGCGACCGUGUGCCAAUGGAGCGACGUGUCAUGAUGGAAUUAAUCGCUUCUCUUGUGAGUGCCCCUCUGGCUUCCAGGGACGCUUCUGUACAGUUAACAUUGAUGACUGUGCAGGGCACCCGUGCCAUAAUAAUGGACGAUGCUAUGACCGUGUGGGGGACUAUGAAUGUUAUUGCCCAGAGGGAUUCAUGGGAAAAUCCUGUGAGAUUCCCAUCCCCAAACCUACAUGGGACUAUGACCUAAGGUCAUCAACUAAAGAAGAUGAAAGUAUACAUGAACAUGGCAGGGUCACUCGUCCACCGCUAGUGAGGACUUUGGACACCAGCAGACAGACCCAGGGCACAAUCGCAGUGAAGGAAGUGGUCACCCAGGUGGAGAAAAGUUUGACGAAACUGCAGCUGGUACUUGUGAUAGUCUUUGGCACUAUAACUGGCAUUGCCAUGCUCUUCACCAUAACCAUAGUCCUAGUGUAUAGGAACAGAAGCACCAGACAGGUUACCCAUCAUGGCUACAAUUUAUCCAGGGCAAAGACACAAUAUCAGGAAUGCCAAGAUACAUCCCCUGACCAUCGUAAAACCACAGAGUUGUGAUGCUAGGAAAGGGGGAAAAAUAAAUAAAAUGGGCUAAAGUGACCAACAAUAUAUGUGGAUACUGGGAAAAUCUUAAAGGGUAGGUCCAGUUGGGCAGAAUCUUGGUCUUAGUUGCAUUAGACCCAAUAGGAACCUCCUCGGGUGAAUCCAAUCACCCUCCCAAGUACAGAGCUCUGAUUCUCUAUAUUUCCUGCUCUUGGACUGCUCUCUUUCUCAUCAUCAGGGAAGGUAAGUCAAUACAAUCCCCCCCUCAGGUCUUUCCCAGAUACAGAACUCUGAUUCUCUAUACUUGCUGCUCCUGGGCUGCUCUCCUUCCAAUGGUCAGACAGUGUAAGUCAAUCCAAUCACCACUCUGUCUUACUACACCUAGUGAAGGCUGCAUGCCAUUGUGAAAUGAUCGCUGAAGUCAAUUAGAAAUAUAAAAUAACCCCUCUCCUGCCAUAUUUACAAUUAUGACCCAAAUUCACCAUAUACUAAACUAAACUGAAUUAAGGGAUCCACCGAAUCCACUAUCGGUCGCAAAAGAUUUGGCCGAUAACCAAACAAAUUUGAAUUUGCAUAUGCAAAUAGGUGUUGGGAAGGGGAAAAAGUCACACAAUUUCCCUCCAUGUCCUAAUUUGCAUAUACAAAUUAGGAUUCGGUUUGGCCGAGCAGAAGGAUUCGGCUGAAUCCGAAUCCUGCUGAAUCCAGGAUUCGGUGCAUCCCUAAACUGAAUAGACGAUUACAAGUGUCCAGGUAUAGCUAAAAUCCAACCCAAAUUGAUUGGCUUAUGGCAAAUUUGAACAUAGUUCUGUAAUGUGCAUCACAGGUGGUGCCAAAUCUACAGAUGUCAAGAAGUGGUUUUGGUGCAUGUUAUAAUGCAGUUUAUAGUGUAACUUCGGGCAUUAGGUUAUCCAGGCGUACUGUUGACUGUGUUUUGGCACACUUGCAGGAAUAUUUAUUAAAGGUUGGAUGUAGUGGUUUUUAAAAAGUUUGAAUGAAAAAAGGCGCUUAAUACAAAUACCUUGAAAACCUCGAGGGAUUCAAGUUUUUAGGACAAUUUCAAGUGGAGAAAAAAAAACCUGAAAACCUUAAAGUCCAAAUUGAUUUAAAACGGUCCAAUAGGAUCAGCGCAGCUCCCAUUGACUUCUAUAGUGGCUUGACAACUUUUUCUUGGCUAAUUUUUGCAUUAUAGGUUUUCAUGGUUUAUAUAAUAAAUUUCACCUUUUUUUCGAGUUUUUUUUUUUAAAUACAACAAAACCACAAAUGUUUUGAGAUUCGUGUAAAAAAUUGCAAUGCGAUUGUUAGUAAAUGGGCCCCUUGGUGUUGCAAGAAGGGACACUUCAAUUAAGCGAUGUCGAUGAGCGAAAGGUUGAAUGGUUAUUGAGGGUCCAUUCCGCAUAAUGUAGGCCCUUCCCCAAUACCCUGAUGUGUCAGAGGGUGGACAUGACACCAUUUUGGCUGACAAGUUUUUAAAUAGUAAUAGUUGUAUCUAGAAAAUGCUCAUAUGAAGUCUGUAUAUGUACUGAAUGUCCCUGAAGAAGUUGAUGAAAUACAUUGGGAUUUCAACCUGCUUUUGGAUCCUCGAAAUAGACAAUUUGUUUCAGCACAGAUUAAUUUGGUGGAUUCAGGUGCCAGGGAAAGUGUGUAGCUAAGAAGCAGAACAUACAAAAAUCAGUGUCGGACUGGCCCACAGGGAUACCAGGAAAACUCCCGGGGGGCCCAGGUGUCAGUGGUCCCUCCUGCUUCUAAUCAUUUGGCCUAUUUCAUGGUCAUUCCCUGUUUCUUUAAGAGGCU